AUGGAGAUGAAGAAGGCAGACGGCAGACACAAUCCGCUGGCAACUGCCGGGAUUCUCUCCCGGGUGUUUUUGUGCUGGCUGACCCCCUUGCUGCACCUCGGCCCCAAACGGAGGCUCGAGGAAAGUGACAUGUUCGGUGUUCUUCCAGAGGAUCGGUCUGAAACCCUGGGAAAGGAGCUGCAGAGGUUAUGGGACCAAGAAGUUAGAAGGGCAACAAAGGAAUCAGAGAAGCCAAAACUCUCCAGAGUUCUUAUUAAGUGCUAUGGAAAGUCCUAUGCAGUGGCUGGGCUGUUUGUAUUUUCACUUGUAAGUUUUGGCUAUUUAAAGCUUUCUCUAUAUUUUGUCACAGUAAUUGAUUGUAUUGAAAUCAUCAGAGAUAUGAGCAAAACAGCAGUCCUGACUGACAGUAGAAUCCGUCUCAUGAACGAAGUGGUGUCUGGCAUCAGGAUAAUCAAGAUGUACGCCUGGGAGAAACCCUUCUCAGCGCUGCUUACUGAAGUCAGACGAACAUCAGGGCCUGUCAGUGGCAUCAAUGCCUUCAUCAUCCAGGAACUGCCUACACACUCUGGCUACAUGAGGCGAGGCUGGACCAGGAGGAACCAAAGGCCACUGCCCAGCAAAAGGUCUGACAGUGGGCCUGAGGAUUUCAUCCCAAUACCAAACAGCAGUCAGGAUAUGCCCCCUGAGACCAUCACUGACCCUCCACCAAACUGGUCACCCCAGUGUUCACUGUGGCAUCUCCAGACUCUUUCAUGUCUGUCACAUGUGCUCUGUGGUCAUAUCAUGGGCCAGGGAACCUACAAAGAGCUGCAGCGCUCUGGCCUGGACGUGGUGUCUCUGCUGAGAACUGAUGAGGAGCAGGAGCAGUCUCGAUCAGCUGAUCCAGAAAAAAGGUCUUUAAUCAGCCAGAGGACGAGUCUGUCACACAGUUCACACUGUUCCAACAGCAGCCUCCUGCCACCAGAGAGCAACGGUCCUGAACAGCCUGCUGUUGAAACAGUCGGCGCCCUUGAAGAAGAGAAUCGAGCUCAAGGAAACGUCAGCUGUCACAUUUAUCUUCAGUACUUCACUGCGAGCUGUAGCCUCCUGGUUUUAAUUCUUAUAGUGCUGCUCAGUGUCGUUGCAGAGACUGCGUACAUCCUGCAGGACUGGUGGCUGGUGUACUGGGCAAGAGAGGAGUAUUCUAACAGCACAGCAACUGCUGUUCACGUAAAGAAUGGAAUUAACGUGACUCGCUCAGCUCGAGAGUUAAAUCUCACGUUUUAUCUUGGCAUUUACUCAGGCUUGACGGCAGCUGCUGUGGUCUUUGGUUAUAUCAGGAGUUUAAUAAUAUUUAAUCGGCUGGUGAGAUCGGGUCAGACUCUACACAACAGCAUGUUCAGCACUGUCCUCCGCACGCCUGUCCACUUCUUUGACGUCAACCCUGUAGGAAGAAUCCUCAACAGGUUCUCCAAAGACAUCAGCCAAAUGGACUCCAUGCUGCCCAUCACCUUUGUGGACUUCUAUCAAUUAAUUCUACAGAAUGCCGGCGUGGUUGCCGUGGCAGCUGCAGUCAUCCCUCUUGUCCUCAUCCCCGUUGUCGUUCUGCUCAUAAUCUUUCUGUACUUGAGACGCUUCUACCUCAGCACAUCACGCGACAUCAAACGUCUCGAGUCAACAACUCGGAGUCCAGUCUUCUCCCACCUGUCCUCGUCUCUUCAGGGUCUGUGGACGAUCCGAGCCUUCAGGGCUGAGGAGAGAUUAAAGAAAACCUUUGACGCCCAUCAGGACCUGCACUCAGAGGCGUGGUUUUUAUUCCUGAUGACCUCACGCUGGUUUGCACUUCGACUUGACAGCAUUUGCUCCUUGUUUAUCACUAUCACCGCGUUCGGCUGUAUCUUACUCAGAGAAGGGCUGGAGGCCGGAGAGGUGGGCCUGGUGCUGACCUACGCUGUGACCCUGGUGGGAAACUUCCAGUGGACAGUGAGACAGAGUGCCGAGGUGGAGAACAUGAUGACCUCUGUGGAGAGGGUGGUGGAGUACACACAGCUACAGAGUGAAGCACCCUGGGAAACCCAGAGGCGUCCUCCCCCUGACUGGCCGAGCAAAGGCCUGGUGACCUUCGACCAGGUCAGCUUCUCCUACAGCACGGACGGCCCCAUCAUCCUGAAAGACAUCAGCGCCACCUUUCAUCCCAACGAGAAGGUUGGUAUUGUGGGCAGAACAGGUGCUGGGAAGAGCUCCCUGGUCUCAGCUCUGUUCCGCCUGGCAGAACCUCAGGGAAAGAUCUCCAUCGAUGGUGUNCAGACCGCUGAAACUCUUGGUGGGAAAGAAAUCGGUCAGAUACUGAAGAGCUCCUACCUACGAGGACUCAACAUGGCCUCCUUCUUUGCCAGCAGCAAGAUCAUCGUCUUUGUCACCUUCACCGUCUACGUUGUCCUGGGCAACGCCAUCACUGCCAGCAGCGUGUUUGUCACUGUGUCUCUCUAUGGUACAAUCAAGCUCACGGUCACCCUGUUCUUUCCUCUGGCCAUUGAGAAGUUGUCAGAAACAAUCGUGAGCGUUGACAGGAUUGAGGACCUGGAGCUGCUCCCAGAUGGAGAUAGGACACUGAUCGGGGACAGAGGAGCCACGCUCAGCGGGGGACAGAAAGCUCGGAUUAACCUGGCCAGCCUGCUGGUUCUGUCAGGUCAUGAGCUGACCACACCAACACCCAGGGAAGAACCUGAACCUGCUCCCUUGGACUCCAAGCUUCCUGUCCCCGAGCAGUUCGCCGCCGCCUCCGUUCCUGUUCUGUUCCCGAGGGGGACGCCGCCCCUGUUCCUGAUUCCGAGCUGGUCCCCACCACCUCUGUUCCCAAGCAGGUAG